ACCUGUAUAAUUAUUCUAGUUACUGCCUAUAUAUAUGUGUAUAUUUCUGAAAGUUGAUAUUGCAGUUAAUUGAUGUUCAACUUGCUAGUGUCUCUUGUCAAAUUCCGAGUGAAGAUUUCUUAACUGGCUAAUUUAACAAGUUUUUCAUUAUGGACUGUAAGUUGAUUUUCGUCUUUGUGUUUCUCGGAACGUUUUCUGCGAUCCUCGCAGAAGUUUACAAAGGCUGUUUUCAGGACAAGCCAGAAAGAGCGAUGCCGUCAGAUUACACCGAAUCUGGAUCCAUGACUAUAGAUCAGUGUAUUACACAUUGCCAUGGUCGUGGUCAUAUGUACGCAGGUUUACAGUAUGGAAAGGAAUGUUUUUGUGGCGGCAAUACAUAUUCCAAGUACGGCCGAGUACCAGACACGAAUUGCAAUGUAAAAUGUGCAGGGAAUUCGCAGGAAAUCUGUGGCGGUACUUGGAAGAUUUCUGUAUAUGCUACUGAAGUUGUUUACGAAGGCUGUUUUCAGGACAAGCCAAAAAGAGCGAUGCCGUCAGAUUACAUCAAAUCUGGAUCCAUGACUAUAGGUCAGUGUAUUACACAUUGCCAUGGUCAUGGUCAUAUGUACGCAGGUUUACAGUAUGGAAUGGAAUGUUUUUGUGGCGACAAUACAUAUUCCAAGUACGGCCGAGUACCAGACACGCAUUGCAAUGUAAAAUGUAGAGGGAAUUUGCAGGAAACAUGUGGCGGUACUUGGAAGAUCUCUGUAUAUGCUACUGAAGAGUUGGUGACUAAAGGGCUUAAGGUCGCACAGAGUUCUUUUGGAUGGGGCGGUAUCCCAGUGAGAGCAAUUGAUGGUAACAUUGCUGCCAACUACAACCAACAAAGCUGUACACACACACUGCGACAACCUGACAAUUGGUGGAGAGUGGAUCUAGGAAAAUCCUACAAGGUUAAUAAAGUAAAAAUUUACAAUCGAGCAGAUUGCUGCAAGGAUCGAUUGAAUGGCGCCACCGUUCGUGUCGGAGAUAACGCUAAAGGUAUGCUGACUAAUGCCGUAUGUGGAGAUCCAAUAAAAGAUGCAGGCUUCAGCUCCGUGAUUGAUCGAGAGUGUGAACUUAAUGGACAAUACGUUAGUGUUUCGCUGAAGAACGAAUACCUGACGCUUUGUGAGGUCGAGGUUUGGGGAGAAGAUUUGUAAUAUGGAUGUACUGUGGUUGAUAUUCACUGGUAUUUAUAGCCAACCAAAAUGAUCCAUUAGAUGUAUAAUGACGUCAUCAUAUUUAACUGGAAGUUCUUUACAAUUACCUAAAAUAAUAUAAGAGGCUUUUAGAUAUUUUAUGCGACUCUAUUUUAAUGAAAUUUGAUAGUGCAUAGACAAAGCUUUAUGCUGGGUCAAACAUCUAUUCUGCUAGGGUUAAGUUUAUGAUUAUGGUUAGGGUUAAGUGGCUGUUAUAAACAAUUUUGUCCAUAUCAUUUUGGGUUCUAACAUCUACCGUAUUCUGCUAGGGUUUAUCAGCAAUAUGCAGUAGAACAGUUGCUCAUUCAUGACGUAAUAAAAAUCAAAUAAAUCUCAAUGAUGUAAA